CUCUAGGGGUGUGCUCGUUAUUCCCUGUUAAGAGGAUAAAGCGAUUGAGCAACCCCUGGAGCUCACAACCGCUCUGUUUUGCACGUUACUAGAAACUGCAGGAAAAUAAAAUCCUGAUAGACGGAAAAGAAAAUGGCGCAAACACUGGCAAUGCCUGUGGUACCCUCUCUCUCUGCGAUAUGCAACGGACUAAAAAGUACUUCUCUCUCCAACUCCAUCUCUCUUCCUAUUUCAAACCCUCCCAAGGCUGGCAGUCUAAGCAUCCGAUGUGCCCGUGUUGGAGGAGUGGAGAUUCCAAAUAGCAAGCGAGUCGAAUAUUCUCUUCAGUACAUUCAUGGAAUUGGCCGCUCAAAUGCUCGCCAAAUCCUCUCUGAUCUCAGCAUGGAGAACAAAAUCACCAAGGACUUAUCAGAGGAAGAGCUCAUUAUUCUUCGUGAUGAAGUUUCCAAGUACACAAUUGAAGGAGAUUUGAGGCGGUUUAAUGCCCUCAAUAUAAGGAGGCUGAAGGAGAUUCAGUGCUAUAGAGGGAUAAGGCAUAUUCAGGGUUUGCCAUGCAGGGGGCAGCGCACAAAGAACAAUUGCCGAACCUUGAAGGGGAAGAGGGUUUCUAUUCCAGGAAAGAAGAAAGCACCUCGUUAGUGAAGCAGGUUAUGUUUAUCUUGUCUAGUUGUUUGUAAUUUGUGAAUUGAAUUUGUGUGAAUCAAUUUGUAUUACUGAUGUUCUUUAGUUAAUCAGAUUGAGUUUCUGAUA